CAAUGAGUGCCUUGAGUCUGGGUCGUAAAACGUGCAAUUAAGCCAAAAGAGGGCAGGAUACACCAUAGAAAUAGAAUGAACGGAACGGGCUUGGAACCUCUAAACUCAUGGGUACACUCGCAAAGGCUGCCUGGUAUUGUGAUGUAAUUAUUUCCAAGGUAAUUAUUUCCAAGGUAAUUAUUUCCAAGGUAAUUAUUUCCAAGGUAAUUAUUUCCAAGAAUGUUCAUUGAAAUGUUUUUUUUAUUGAACCUUUAUUUAACCAGGCAAGUCAGUUAAGAACAAAUUCACAAUGACGGCCUAGGAACAGUGGGUUAACUGCCUUGUUCAGGGGCAGAACGACAGAUUUUUACCUUGUCACCUCGGGAAUUUGAUCUACCAACCUUUCGGUUAUAGGUUUAGCAUUGAAAACAUGACCAGCGGUCAGGAAAUCAUGUUAUAAAGUGGCUGUAGACAACUUUAAAAACGUUUAAAUGAAUAAAAUGACAGUAAAACAGUUAAUCUAUUUGUUUGCUGAGUAAUAGUCUGAAAUUCACCUCCGUUGUAUUUAUUUUCUCCUUUGAUGGUGAACUUUCUGUACUGCUACCAUUCUCUCCCCAGUCAUUUUCAUUCAGGCGCUGGUGCAAUGAAUUUGUUUAUUUUAGAAUGCUUUUGCAUUUAAUUAUUAAGCUAUUCUAACCUCUGUUAUCUUCAACCUAGCCUAUGGGUACACUCGCAAUGGCCGCAAUCAUUGACAUGAAUGAGGAAGCCCGUUCUAUUCACUCUAUUUCUAUGGGCUACACACCAUCAUAAACACAGGAGGAGUUUGGCUCGACACAGGCAUGCUCUGGUCUCCACAGCAUGGGGAAGGAGACUUGGAUAAGGCAGGAAUGAGAGAAGGUCUUACCUCCCUUGGAAUUGUAGUGCUUUACUGGAAGGUCCUUAGUCGGCAGGGGAAUGCACAGAGAGACAAAGACGGUAGGAGAGGGAGGGGGAGUGGAGAUGUCAAUGUGACACAUUGGAGAAACGAAAGUGACACAGCAGAAAAUUACUGGGUGAGCUUCCAUGAAGAGGAGAAUGUAAGUCUUUAAGAGGCAACAGUAAAUGAACACAGUUAAUUGAAUCAGUGAUUCAUUCAAUUGUGAAAAAUGUGCAUUUGGUAAAAGAGAGCAAAGGAGAGAGACAGAAAGAAGAACAUUAGCCAGAAGAAAGAGAGAGGAAAACAAAAGUCAAGGAACCCUUGGUGAGUGAACAGUCACCCAGUCCCUAGAUAGAUCCUUCAACAGUAUCUCAUCAUGGUGAACCUGGACCUGAGGUCUCUCACCCUGCCGGUGGGCAUCAUCCGUAUGUUGGAGGUGGUCCUCACCUGUAUCACCUUCAGUCUGGUGGCCUCGGCAGGCCAUGUGCUCUCCACACACUGGGACUGGUGCAUGUUCACCUGGUGCUUCUGCUGCUUCUUCUCCCUCUUCAUCCUCAUCAUGGAGUUCACCCGCUUCAGCGCCAAGGUGCCCAUCUCCUGGGAUGACUUCACCACGGCCUUCGCCGUGCUGGCCGCACUAAUGUGUUUCACCUCCUCCGUCAUCUACCCCACCUUCUUCACCUGCCCCACCUGCUACCGCCAGAUUGCCGCCACCGUCAGCUCCCUACUCUGUUUCGGAGUGUACGUCGGCGAGGUGGUGCUGGCCCGCCUCCGGCCCAGUGGUGAGAUCAGUGGCUUCCUGUCCACUGUCCCGGGCCUCCUCAAGAUCCUGGAGACUCUGCUGGCCUGUAUUAUCUUCACGUCGCUGGAUCCGGCAAGGUUUCUGUUUCAUCCGGGACUGCAGUGGUGCGUGGCGGUUUAUUCCCUCUGCUUCAUCUUCUCACUCGUCAUCAUCUUCCUCACCGUCGGUCAGCUGCUGUCGCUCUUCCCCUUCUCGUUUGACAAACUGCUCACGGUCUAUAAUAUCCUGGCCACCAUGAUGUACAUGACUGCCACGGUCAUCUGGCCGCUGUAUAGUUUCGAGAACAACCCCCGGCCCGUUCCGUGUUCCCCCUGUCCCUGGGACAAUCUGGUUGUGGUGACGUUCAUGACCGUGAUCAACCUAGUCAUCUAUAUUUUGGAUACGAUCUACUCGAUAAAGGUGGUCUUCUUCACAUUGGAUGAGGAAUAGGCCAGAUUCUCAGGAACCUUCACUCCAACUUUUCCAGAACCGGUCAAUGACUGACACACUAUCAUAUUGCAGAGGAGAAAAUACUGUUUACUGAAUAAGACACUCCAGCACGUUGGUCAUCUUGAUUCUCCACAUAUGGUUGAAAAUAUCCAUUUCAUUUCUAGAGAAUGAAGAGUUUAUUUUCAAAUCAAUGACUGAGAGCUUGGAAGAAGAACAUUUGCAGAACGUUGAAAGGACAUUUGUUGUUGUCUUUUGCUUCAGACAUGUGGAAGAUAUUUAGUUAUUCCUAUAACACUGUAAAUGAACUCUUAUUGCAGAUGAGGAUUCUACAGGCAAGGACACACUGUUUAUCACUUGUAGCUAUUAAAGUGUGCAGUAGGAAGCUGAGUUAAUGAUUGAUCGUAUCGAUUUCAUAGAAAUUAAAAACGACAAAACUUUGGAUCCUGAUGCAAAUACAAUAUGAAUGUCUAAUUCCGUUGGGCCAAAGGCACUAGCAGCACUUUAUAUUCUGCCAAUUGCAAAGGACUGUGAUCUUAUAUUCAUGUUGACCACUUCUUUCUUGGUUGUUAGACGUUCUCUUGUUGUACUGCUAGUUGGCUCACUAACUGCCAAAUAGUUGAUUACCUGCUGAAGUGCUAUGUGGACUGCACACUAAAAACAAAUGGUUCUACAGUAUAUAAUGCCAAUUAAUAGUUAUUUGGCUCAUAACAAUAGUGUAUCCUAUUUUGGUACUAUA